GCCAUGUCAAGGAAUUGUGCGAUCGUGUUGGCUAUUUGCGGGCUUGCAGCUGUGACUCUGCCCGGCUCCUCUGCACAAGCUCUUUCCUCUCAGUAUGACACGUCAGCGUCAGCGGACAGUAGGAACAACUGGGACGCAUUUGGGGGCCUGUACGCGCUCUUGGCCCAGCACGACGCGCUAGGUGGACACGCGUUAGCCCGCAAGUCUGUGAGAUCACCGUCCCGACGGCUGCGCUUCGGCCGGCGGUCGGAUCCUGAUAUGCCACCACAAACUCCUUUGGACGAAAUGGACGAGCUGUUGUCCCUGCGCGAGAGCAGGACGCCGGUGCGCCUGCGCUUCGGGCGGCGCUCCGACGAGCACGCGACCCCGCACGUGUUCCCGCAGGAGGUACCCGCGCCGCUCCCUGACUCGCUGGAGCAGGACGCACUCCUCUCCUUACGCGACGCCCGCUCGCCUGUACGCUUGCGAUAUGGCCGCCGCUCCGACGAACACGCUGUCCCGCACAUUUUCCCGCAAGAGGAACAAGACCGUAGCGUUCGAGCUCCGUCAAUGAGGCUUCGGUUCGGCCGCCGAUCAGACAACAACAUGUUCCUGAUGCCCUACGAAUCGGCCCUACCCAAGGAAGUGAAAGCAGGCUCCGCAGAAGAAGACAGACAAGAUUAAAUCACCCGAACACAUAUCGACAUAUAACUACAUAGUUUAUAAUAUUCUCCGUACAAGCACACAAAACUCUUGCAUCUAAUCAAAUAAAAAAAAUACUCAAGUGUCAAUCUUUAGAUGUUACGGUACUAAGCUAUGUACAUAAUUAGAUCGUUAUAAAUGUUGUACGUACGACUAUUACAUUACCAGUAACCUCCUGAUAACCAAACUGUUGCAUUUCAUGAUCUGUGAUUAUUUAUAGUUGGGUAAAUUACCGGCGAGUUGGGCGAUAGUUUUUUGCAAUGUGCAGAUGAUAUUCUAGUCAAUAUUAUAUUUAUCACUGUCUCUUCCUGAUUUAAUCACUAUUGUAAUAGUAUUUUCACAUGUUGAUUGAGACAUUUCAGUAGACUGUGAACAAGAUCUAUACUGAUUGAAAACUUUGAUGUCUUAUAGAUUAACGUGAUAUAAACUUUAAUAUUAAAACUGUUAAAGUUUAUUGAGAUUGUGUUUAAUUUAUCUUUGAUUUGUUACGAUUGAAUUAAAAAAAACGUUGGUUAGGUAAAGAAGAUCUAUUUUUCCGAAAAUCCUUUGACUUAAGAUAACUACUUUAUACCAGAAUUUAUAAUUGUAAUCAAUCCAGUUAUUUGAAAUAGAAAGUGCAAGGCAGUCAAUUCCCACAGCCCAUUGUAAUCCCACUCAGUACAUUAGUACCUAUUUCAGCGAAGCGUUAUACAUUUUGAGAGCUGGGACAAUGUAGAACAGCUUCGCUCAUUCGUAACUAAUAUAAGUUAUCGCAAUUAUCAGUAUUUAAAAAUGUUGUAAUUCAAUGUAAAUCAUGGCGUAAUUAUAUACACUAAGUGUAGCAAAACUAUGUUUAAUUUUGUAUAGAUAUUAAAUAGUGCAAUUGAUGAGUUGAAAUAUAAAAUAUUGCCAAUGGAAA